AUGAUUGAGAGUGACAGAGAGCUGUCAGCCAUGGUGCAGGAGCUAUGGGACAAUGAUAUCAACAGACUAAAGCCUGGAAAAGACUACAGGAUCUCCCUUCAGGGAAAAGCUGGAGACAGCAUGAACAUCAAUGACAACAAUGACGGGGCGGGAUAUCCACUGUUUACCUUUGUCGAUGAGAACAUUUUCAAAAAGGAGACUUUUUUAGCCUUUAUCUCCCUGCUGGAUAACUAUGAGAGUGACACCGGUAAGCCAGAAAUUGUAACUCCUGAGGAAGUGGCAGAGAACCACAAGUUCCUGGACUCCAUCGUUCAGACUCCCACCAUGAAGAUAGCCCAUAAAUACCUGGUCAAGAAGCAUCUUUCGCCUGAGGAUGAGACAGAAUUCAAGAAGCAGCUGUACAGGAUCUGGUUUGAGCUUUAUGCGAGGAGAGGAUCCAGCAGGCCAGACUCUUCGGGCUUUGAACACGUGUUUGUUGGAGAGACAAGAGGGGGGAGGACUGUUAUUGGUUUUCACAACUGGAUCCAGCUAUACUUACAAGAGAAGCUGGGCCAUAUUGAUUACAAAGGCUACAGUGUCACUGCACAUUCACCCCAGCCCGAUGAGAACAAACACAUCCUGGCGCUACAGUUUAGCUGGAAGAAUGGUAUAAAGCCCAAGGGCAGCAUCUUCAUCGGAGUCAGUCCCGAGUUCGAGUUCGCCCUCUACACUCUCUGUUUCCUCACCUCGCCUAAUGAACGCGUCAAAGUCCAGUUCAGUUUGUACGACAUGGAGAUUGUUUGCCACCACUACAACCAGAAGCAUAUAGGUACCACCUACCCUGUGCUCCUCAGGUACCUGAACCCUCGGUAA